AUGAUUCUUUCUCUAAUUCUUAUUUUUGCUCUUCAUCAAAUUAAAAAUUAUGCAGUUGUUGCUGAUAUUGAUGAUGUCAGCGGUCAGUUGACUCUUAUUCGUGCGUAUUACAAUAUGCCUGGUUUAUCUGCCGUUGCUUUAAAACAAGGAGAAAUUGUUGCACAAGGUGCAUCUGGAUAUCGUCGACAAGGUGACCUAUCGCCACUGCUCGUUACUGAUCCUAUUAAUCUUGGUUCUUGUUCUAAAUGGAUGACAGCUACAGUUGCUGGCCGUUUAGUAGAUCAAAAAAUUCUAUCAUGGACCACGCAAGUACACGAAUGUUUUCUGAAUUAUAAUAGUUUUAAUAGUGCUUUUCGAAAUGCUACAUUGGAACAAUUUUUAGCACAUCGUUCUGGUGUUCAACAAAGUACUACUUUCUAUAGUCGCCACUUGACUGAAUUAUUACUACAAAAAGGGAAUUUUCGGCAAAUUCGUUACUGGGUCGCUGAAACUGUUUUGAAAGAUGCACCCGAAGUUCAACCUGGCGAAUUUCUUUAUGCUAAUCAAGGUUAUGCUGUUGCUGCUGCAAUGAUGGAACAAAUUACUGGUCGAGAUUGGGAAUCCUUAAUACAAGAAUAUGUUUUUAAUCCUUUGGAUAUGACCAGUGCUAAAAUUGGUUUAGUGUAUAAUCAAACGAUACCGCCAAUAACACCAGUCGGUCAUGAUUUACCAUUCAAUCACACGGUAGCUAUUCCACGGCCGGUUCCUAGUGCUAUUCUACUUUAUAAUGAUCAAGCUGCAACAGGUCCUGCUGGUUAUAUUGCAUGUACACUUCAGGAUUGGGCUAAAUUCUUACAUGCUCAUGUAAUUGCUCAAAGUACUGGUUAUUUAACUGCUGAAACAGCAGCUAAACUCAAACGUCCAUUUAUUGGCGUAGAAGGUUAUGGUCUGGGAGUGGCGGCAUAUAAUCGUAGUUGGGCAACACCAGGUCAAGCUUUAGUUCAUAGCGGAGAUAUAUUUGGACAAGAUACAGUUUUUUGGAUGGCUCCCGGCCGAGAUCUUAUUGUUGCCGCUUAUACAAAUUGUCGUUCAGAUGAUAAAUCUACAGGACUAGCUUUAGACAACGCUGCUGGAAUGCUUAUUGGAAAAUAUGCUAGCAAUUCAACAGAAAAUAGAAUCGGUUUUCAUGAUUCUAUUGUGCUUGAUCAUUUAUCUAUUCUUCCACGAGAUGCCUAA